CACUCUGAACACCAUAGAGAAGCACCUGAGGGUAUUGGAGGCUCUAGGGGAGAAAGUUGAUGCUAGUCACCUUAGAGUUAUUAUACUUAAUAAAUUUCCAUCUAAAGUAGUAUAUCAAGUGCGACUGAUGGCGAUUGAUGAUUCAUUUUCUGCAAUCCGAAAAGCUUUAGAUGCUGUAAUAACAGCAAUGGAAAGUUCGAAGAGUUUGGUCGUUUUAAAUCCAGAGAGUUCUGUUAUUCCUGUGAAGUCCAGCAUGAUGGAGCUUCAACAUGAUGCUUCAACAGCGACGUUGCAAAUUGCUACGAGAAAACGAAGAUGGCAACAAAAGAGGGAAGCUGUCUCAAAUCAAAAUAGGAAACGCAUGAAGAAAACAUGUAUAUUUUGUAACGGGGAGCACUAUAGUGAAGAUUGCACCAAAUUCAACACCUAUAAGGAAAGGAUCGGGAAACUGCAAGACAGGUGCUACGUUUGCCUUCAAAUAGGGCAUCGUGCCUCCAGAUGUACCAGGAGGAGGAAGUGUGUGCAUUGCUCAAAGAUGCACAAUAGAGCAUUGUGUCGACAAAAGGUGCAGCGGGACAGCUGUAACCCAAGUAAGGACAGCGGAGGGGAGAAGUCUACACAUUAGACUUUUACUUGAUUCGGGAAGCCAA